ACCUAACGGGUAUAUAAGUGCAGACAUUUACUUAAUCCGUAUCACUUGCCGUGGAUCUAAUACCUAAAGCAAAAUGGCAGCUAAGUUCAUCGUUCUUUUGUGCGCGGUCGCCGCAGCGAGGGCGGGCAACUUAUACGGAGGAUCGUACGCCGCGCCAGUAGCGACCUACGCUUCGUAUGCCGCUGCCCCAUUUGCACUUAAGAGCUACGCCGCUCCUGCUCUCUCAUACGCUGCACCUGCAGUGUCAUACUCUGCACCUACAGUGUCAUACUCUGCGCCUGCAGUGUCAUAUGCUGCUCCCGCAGUGUCAUACGCAGCUGCUCCCGCAGUGUCAUACGCAGCCGCACCUGCAGUGUCAUAUGCCGCACCAGCAGUGUCUUACGCAGCAGCCCCUGUCGUGAAAGCCGUUGCGCCAGCUGUAUCUACAGUGUCAUCCUACUCGACACAGACUUCUCACGGAACGCCAGUGCUGGCUAAAGCCAUUGCUCCCGUCGCUACAUACGCUGCCGCCGCUCCAGUGGCCACCUAUGCCGCGGCCGCUCCUUCAGUGACCUACACUGCCCACGCCGCGCCCAUCACCACAUACUCUGCUCCGAUCGCCUCAUACGCUGCUUCCGCACCUUGGGCUACUUAUUCAGCUGGUCCCAUCUACAAGUCCGCCCUGAUAUCAGCGGGACACGGACUGUCCUACGGCAGCCUAGCUGGCCACGGCUGCUACCUGGAAUCCUUAUAUAAAGUUAAAUUUUGCGCUCCAAAUAUCAUUCGACUCCUCAAACUUAAAGUAACAACAAUGGCAAUUAAAAUUGCAGUAGUGUUGUGCAUCUUCGGCCUGGCGCGCGCAGGCCAUCUUGCCGGUGGAUCUGCACUCGGAUACUCGACCGGUCUUGGAUACAGCACUGGUCUUGACCACGGUGCGGGUCUGGGCUAUGGAUCCGGUCUCGGUUACACGUCGGGCAUCGGUCAUGGAGCGGAUAUUGGAUACGCAGGAUACGGACACGGUGCUGGUUUAGGUUAUGGCAGUCUCGGAUACGGUAGCGGAUACGGCUCCCUCGGUUAUGGUAGUUACGGUGGAUACAGCGGAUAUGCUGCACCCGGUAUUUCCACUGUAUCCGUCAAGAGAUAUUCGACUCCCGUCGUAGCAUACUCCACUGGAUACGGCGCUCAUGGUGCAUACGCCCCAGCUGUGGGUUAUGGUGGCCACGGAUAUGGUGGAUAUGGAUAUGGUGGAUACGGACAGGGAUACGGUGGCUACGGCAAAUGGUGAAUAAUCAAAUUGUGAAAAUUAAAUAAAUUAAUAUCAA